GGCGCGCGGCCGCAUUCGGAGGAAUACGGCUUGGUGGGCGGUUUCCCGCGCCGAGCAGAGAGCUGGCCACUGCGCUGCCGCUUCGCUCGCCGCUGCGCCGGGCCAUAGCCGUGCUCCGCGUUCCGGAGUCGCCGCAGCCCGCGGGACAGACUCCUGGUCUCUUGCCUGUUGCCCUCAUGAGAAAAACCAACAUGUGGUUCUUGGAACGACUUCGGGGGUCUGGGGAGAACGGAGCCAGCCGCGGGGUGGGUGGCGAGGCUGGGGACAAAGCCUCCAAGGGACCUUUGUAUAGCAACGUGCUGACUCCGGACAAGAUCCCCGACUUCUUCAUCCCGCCCAAGCUGCCCUCUGGCCCCAUAGAGGCUGAGGGACAGGCGGACCUGGGUCCCUCCACCUCAGAGCAAAACCUGUCUUCACCUGGGCCACGUCGAGCACCUCGCAGUCCCCGGCUGCCAGUCAAGUUGGCCACAGAAAGCAGGAGCCUGCUGAAGGCAGCCACACGACAUGUGAUUCAGAUAGAGAGCGCGGAGGACUGGACAGCCGAGGAAGCCACCAACGCUGACCCCCAGGCGCAGGGUGCCAUGUCAUUGCCCUCUGUGCCCAAAGCUCAGACAUCCUAUGGCUUUGCCACACUGGCCGAGAGCCCCCACACUAGACGCAAGGAGUCCCUUUUCCACAGUGAGCACGGGGCCCUGGCCCAGGUUGGAUCCCCUGGUGCUGGCCGCCGGCGAGUAGGGGCCAAGGCCAAUGGAGGUGAUGGGGGAUCCCGGGAGGUUGGGGGGGCCCUGAUGAGCCCUAGCCGCUACUUCAGUGGCGGGGAAAGUGACACAGGGUCCUCUGCUGAGUCGUCCCCCUUCGGGUCCCCUCUGCUGUCUCGCUCUGUCUCGCUGCUCAAGGGCUUCGCCCAGGACAGCCAGGCCAAAGUGAGCCAGCUGAAACAGUCGGUAGGUCGCCAUGGCUCCCUUUCUGCGGAUGACAGCACACCAGACACCAGCCCAGGUGUCCGUCGCCGCCUGACCCGCAGGGGUACUCCGGAGCCAGGCCCGGAGUCUGGCCAGGCACCACGUGGAGAGCACACAGUGCGGAUGGGCACCAGGGGCAGCGUGAGGCUGCUGGCCGAGUACGAGGCUGCUCAGGCCCGCCUGCGUGUGCGCCUGCUGGCGGCCGAGGGCCUGUAUGACCGGCCCUGUGAUGCCCGGAGCAUCAAUUGCUGCGUGGGGCUGUGCCUGGUGCCAGGGAAGCUGCAGAAGCAGCGGAGCACCAUCAUCAAAAACAGCCGCCACCCCAUCUUCAACGAGGACUUCUUCUUUGACGGCCUGGGGCCAGCCAGUGUGCGUAAGCUGGCCCUCAGAAUCAAGGUGGUCAAUAAGGGUAGCAGCCUCAAGAGGGACACACUCCUCGGGGAGGAGGAACUGCCACUGACCUCCCUGUUGCCCUUUCUGUGAGGUCACUGGUUCCUCCCUUCUAUACUUAGCUCAGCUGAGCGGGGUGGGGGUGGGCGGGGCCUGUUGCCCGGCGUUCCCUGGGUCUCUUAGUGGAUUGCUCUUUUCUUAGAAGAUAGGCUGCAGGGACCAACACGCUCUACUGACCGGAACCCCUUUUCCCUCCACCUUGGUUCAUCCACAUAGCGUUGUGGGGUUCGUAGCAGUCCCAGGAUGCCGAUACCUAAGGCAUCUGGGACCCAGAGCAGAGUUCCCUGAGUGUGGAACUUGUCCUGCUCCCGCCCCCCUUUUGCUGCACGCGGGUGUUUUUCCGCACAGACUGGUUGCUCAGAUGCUCUAAGAACUUCUUUGUGACAUCCCCCAGUCUGUUGGAGGUCAUCUUCCCUGGCCAGGCUGGCUCCAGGUAGGCCUAGCCUCCCAGGUUCUGACGCUGAGGUUCCAUCCAGAGCCGUAGGAGGGCUUGGCCUUCCGCAGGAGGUGGGGAGAACAAGAAAGCCAGAGUGCACAGGGAGCCGAAGGAGGCGGUGACGCUUGGCUGACGGCUCUUUGGCACAGGCUUCCCUCCACUCCUGCUGAUCAGCCAGAGCCACCUGUAACCCAGGAGCUUCUGCCGCAAGCCUGUGGCUCUCUCCUCAUCUUGCAAGCUACAAACCACCUUCCCAGGGUGCCCCUUGGCAAGUCGCCCUUUGUUCCAGAAUGUAAAUAGGCUAUAGCUGUGGUGGGUGGGCUGUGUGUGUGUGUGUGUGUGUGCCUGUGCACAUGUGUUUGUGUUGGGGGGCAGGAUUCUGGGUUGUGUAUGUGUAUGUCUUUCCUACACAGGAAAUCCUCAUGGGGUGGGAUACAUGGGUCCCUGAAUGGCUGCUGUGUUUUGCACAAACCCUAAGACUCAGAACAGAAUGAACUGCCCAUUGGGUAAUGGUGGAUAAGGGAGGGCCCAGCAUCCCUUUUGUCUUUUGCUGUUUCCUCAAACUCCAAAAGCCCUUGUCCCUCUAGAAAAGGGUCUUGGGGUUGAUUGCUUGGACCCUUGAGGAGAUCCCCCACCCCAACCCCUGUGCCUGGUUCCCAUUGUCUCUGGGACUAGGACACAUCCAGGACCUGGGCUGGUCAGUUGGAGUGGUGGGCAGAGGGUCCCGGGGUCUCCUGCUGUUUUCUGUCUCCCAUCUGCUAUGCUCUGCGGGGCCCUGUUUCUAUACCCUGUACUGUUUGAUAUCUCUGUUUGCAGUUGACCAUGUGAAUCUUUUAAGACGCCUCCCCCAAAUGUGUUUGUUUAUAAUGCUGUUUUUAGUGCAGUAAAGGUGUUUGGGGAGUGCGGGGGUGCAGGCCUGCUUGAUUUGUGUUUAAUAACAACAGGGGUUUCUCUGUGGCUGGCUGGCAGGUGGGGGAGCCUGGGGUGAGGCAGACCUUUCUCACACUCCUACUCUCUGCUGCUUGGGGCUGAACAGCAGACAGAAGAGGGAGGGAGACCUUGGCGGUGAUGAUGAGGGCUCACUGGCCCAGGGCUGGGCUCUGUCCUUAAUCGCCAUCCACACAGCUCAUCCCAUCCUCACUACAGUUGGCAGAGCGGACGUUGUGGCUAUCCCACGAGGUGCUGGAGGCUUGUGGACUCUGCCGAAAGCCCAGCUAUCUGGUGGAGGUUGGGAGGGGAGACAAGCUGUGCAGUCCCCAGAGAGCUAUCUCCAUUUUCUUUCUAGGUUUUGCCAAUUUAGUCUCUUUAAGUACUGCCAGUUGUCUAAACCAGGAACUGGCCUGGACCUGUUUGGCCCAGGGAGACCAGAAGACAGGUCUAGAAGCUGCUGCCCAGGUGGUAGGCACUUCCUACGGGAAGCCCUCUAGGGCCUCUGAACUGGAACAGGGUUUUCUCUGCAGUGAGUCCCUGUGUAGGGGUGAUUCUGACACUGAAGUUGGGACAUCUAGUCCCUGGGAGUCACCGUUCUCAUGCACACAUACAUGUUCAGCACACCCAAGGGUGCUGGGUGAGGAUGCCUCAGAUAGACAUUAGGUGGACAGCAGGCCCUGUUUAGAGGUGGAAAAGCCCCGCUGCCCCUCAUCACCUUGGGGACACUCUGUCAACAUGGGCUCCCAACCUCUGUCCCGUGGGUGGGUUGGACCUAUGCUAAGGGGAAGACCUGCUGUACUGUGACACCUGUGGCCUUCUGCCAACCUGGGCAUGGGUAACAGCAAUGGAGGAAAGAAGCUGGGAAAUCUGAGAGUGUGUGGGAAGGGCUGGGAAGGCUGGGUGUCCUGGUGCCCUGGUGACUGGAGGGAGGGUCAGGGCUAUGGCCUGACAUAUCUCCUAGACUGCCACGACCAGGGGACAGCUCCUGCUGUCUACCCAAGGCCCCGCAGCCUCUCUGAUCCUCAUCAGGAUCCCACAUCCCUUUGACCCCAGCACAGGACCGUGUCCCUCUCUGCCCAGGACCAAUCAGUUUAGCUUAGUGCCCCAGGGCACAUCAAGUCCUUAUGUUGCCACUGGGAUCCCCCUGCUGGCUCAGGGUCCCUAGCGGCUCUUCCUGCCCGUGGCCACAUGAUUAGCACCACUGAGGCUGAGGUCCUAGGAUGGGUUGCCAGGGCAACUGGCCUUCUCCUGGGCCACACUCAUGCUAUUCCAGAGCUGAUGUCAUCUCUUGGAGGCAAGUGUUCUGUGUGUCACACUGACACCCUGUGUGCCUCUGAACACAUCCCUGUCUUGGUCUGUACACUUUUUGUUUGUAUGUCUUUACCAGCAUCCAUAUGUAAUGUGUGUGUGCCCUUUUAUGGCCAUGUUUUACGCCAUGUCUCUGUGUCUGGUUGUGGCUUCCCUGGGCCAAAGCACAGGGCCUGCAUCAUGAUUUCCAAUACUCUUGCUGUCUGAAGCUGAGAGCCCCUUCGAGUCUGGUCCCCACUCUGCCUCAUACUGCCUGGGAGGAAAACUUGAGGAAGCAUAGACCGUGUCUGGCAUUGCCUGUUGACAUGAGUCCCAGGAGAACUUCUCUCUGCCUUGCAACAGCCAGGGGACUCAGGCCGCAAGGUCUGUGGAGAUGGCAGAGGCCUGAGUGUCAGCAUGCGCCCUGCCAGCGUGGCUUCUGUCUGAGCUGUCUUCCCUUGAAGAUGCAGUGGGCAGCCGGGUGCUCAUAGCAGAAGCCUCUUAGGACUCCACUCACAGCUGACGCACCUUCCUCAGAGGGAACUAGUGUAAGGAACACUGGGAUGAGGGGGAGGGUCCCAUCCCUGUUGGUUGCCUGGGUCCAGCUGUGCCUGCUGUCCACGGCUGGACAUCCUUUUAGCCUGGAAAGGUGAUGAAGUCCCCUCUGUGCUCUAGCCUGAUGGCUUUCAUCAAGAAUGCAGUAAGCCUAUGGCCGAAGGGUGAGGUCACUGUCCUGGGAUGCCCCAGGACGAAGCACACAAGGGACACAGCCCCAGAAGCCUGGGCAGUGAAAACUUGCAAAGCAUGAGCCUCCUGCCUGAGAUUUGUAGGACUGAACCUAGGAAGGGGACAGAGGAAGGUAGUCUGGGGUUGGGGGGCCAAGGAAGAGAGUAGAGGAAAGGUUGGGCAGCAGGGAUGGCUCACUCGUGCCCUGUAUGCCCUUGCUGACCCUACUCUGUAGCGGUUCAUGAACUCUGGAGCCCUACCUGCCAUCCCUAGGCCCACCCACUGACGCGGGGCACUGCGGCUGUUUGAGGGGCCUCCCUUCAUCUCCAAGCCCCAGAUCAAGCCUCUGUUUUCCACUUGAUUGUGUGGGGUUCCAGCUGAGCACAUGAUCAACUUGGAAAGCCCCUGUGUGUGUGUGUGUGUGUGUGUGUGUGUGUGUAUAGUAACCCUGGGCUCAGUCCUCAUGCUCUGCAAUGGUAAUUAACACAAUCAUAUUAGGUGGUAAUUGCAGGUUGUCCAGGCACUGGCUCUUCCCUCCUGCUCUAGGUGGGAGGGGCCUCAGCCAGCUCAGCUGACCGACUUUGGGUUUCAAGCUGCUAGAGUUGAAGGGGAGGCAGGGCUGCAUGGCAAUGAAAUGAACACCUAGGUGUUUACAGGGUGUGGUUUGUGAGCUGGGCACCUGUUUACCCACUUUACCAUGGUUGGUAUUAGCUCCUGCCCUCAGGGCCACUGAUGUUAGGCCUUGGUUCAGGGCUGCUCCAGGUGCAGUGCAGCCUUGGUUUGAAUCCUGGCAGGUUGCCCCUUCUCUGGGACUCAGUUUCCUCCCCAGCACCCUGCAUCCUAACCUGAUGGUGGCGUGAGAGGGUUAGAGACUGACACCCAGCACUGUGUUCUGCUCACUGGAGUGCUGGGGUGAGAAUCAGGCUCUCCCAUUGCCAGAGAGAGAGGGCUAGGCUGGGCCUGAGUUGGGCAUCUGUUGAGUCUUCUGGCUGUCUUGAUUGAAACAGGGUGGGCUUUAGGCCUCAGGGAGAUUAGCCUAGACUGGUCUGCCUCAGAACUCACGUGCCACACCACACCACACUACAGGAGAGCUGAUCUACGCUGAUACCAAGAAGGCAAGAGUGAUGUUUUUGUCCCUUUCUAAGUUCUGGAUUUUUCUUAACCUGAGAAGGGACUAAGUGUAAGACGUGAACUGCUGACCACAUGAUAGAGCUAGCUAGUAUUCCAUAUGUUAGCUGUUUGCAAUAGCUGCUCAAAGCACCCUGGCUGCACACAGCAAAUGAUGCAUAUGGAAAGUGCUCAGUGUUCAUUAGUUGGUGCUCAAAUCUGGCUACUGAGUCUAUAGAAGAAGGCGGGUCCCCAUGGUGACUCGUGUCCCAGAUGACAUCCAGAACCCUCUCUCAACUUGGGCAGUUUAGAGCAACAGUUAGAUGUAUUAUGACACCACAAGACCAGGUAACAAUCAAGUUCCAAAGAAACCCAGGACAUAUGGCUGACUACGGUGCAUGCUGGCAGCCAGGUUCUGUGACUCCACUCUGCUCUUCUUAUCCCUCCUCCCUGCACCUUCCUCCAGACUUCUCUAGCCCAGGAGUGUCUGAUGCCAAUCAAAACCUGCCAUUUUGUCCAAA